GGCAUGGCAAAGAAAUCUUUGCUCACAUUAACGGAAACAAAAGUAUUGUAUGUCAUCCAAAGUGUUAUGCCACAUUUCUCUUCAUCAUUACACAACUGGGCACUGAUCUUACCUUAAAGGAAAAGUUCAAUUCUUGAAGAAUGUUGUCUGAAGGAUAUCUCUGUAAAAUCCCUUAUCGUGAGCUCUUGAAUUACACGUUCUAUGGAGCAGAAACAGAAGAGGCAAUACAUGAAUUGAAGUCAUUAAAUGGCACCACUUAUGAAUCAACAGACAACAUACAAAGUAGAAGCUUAUUUUGGAAUUAUAGGUCCAUGGACACAUUUAUGAUUUCUGUUUCUUCCAAAAAACCCAAAAAUAAUAAACAAAAGAAAGACACAUUGACACAAAUUAUUCAAUAUCCAGUAUUUGAAAGGCAAGCAUCUGAACCUGUGGAAAUCUAUGUGGGAUCAUCCAUAAACAAGGACACUUACCUUGUUCCUUCUUCUUGUAAAAGCAUUUGUAUGAAUUACAGUGACCUGCAUAUUGCUGGUGAUCAGGUGCUACCAAUGAAUUCAAUUAAAAGAGAUGCUAUUUUUGACAGUGGGAUAUGCCCAUUCUUGGAAUCAUCAGAGAUUCCAUUGCCAAUAGAUUCAAUCCCAAUGCUACCUGUUGAGGUCCCACGGAAACCAUCCCAAAGGAAUUCAUCAUGCUGGCGAGUGACAAGCAUCAUGCAACAGCAGCCUCUCUCAAACUCAAUUCUGAAUAAUUACUUGGAGGAGAAAGUGGUAGAGCUUUAUAAACAAUAUAUCAUGGAUGUGACAGGCAGCAGCAUAUCUCCCACUCAAAUCUUGACUUCAGAGUUCAUAAUGACAAAUGUAGAUCAAAUCAGCAUGAAGUUAUCACAAGAGAUGAACAUGAAGACCACAAAAGCCAAAGAUAUGGUUAUUAACUGCCUACUGCAAUUAGCUAGUGGAAAGGUGUCAAGUGAAAUAAGCACUCCCAGCCUUCACAUUUCCCAGUUCAGCACUAAAUAAAGAUCACUAUAUCUUGAAAUGUAGAAAUCAGUUUAAUUUCUGAGUUACAAAACUAUCAGGAUACAGUUGAAGUGCCAAAUCUUAAUUAUUUUACAGGUAAAUUCUUCUAGGAUUGUUCAUUUCCCCUUCUUCUUUUGUGUUUGUAUUUUUCUUUCUCCUCCUUCCCUUUGUGUAUCUGCAAAAAGUUCAGCUAAUGGACUUUUGAAAGUUCUCCUGAAGUAGUUGUUGUUAUUAUUAUUAUUAUUUUGUGUAUCUGCAAAAAGUUCAGCUAAUGAACUUUUUAAAGUUCUCUUGAAGUAGUUGUAAUUAUUAUCAUCAUCA